AUGAUGAUGAGGAGGAGGAGGAAGAGCGGAAGGGGGAGGAGGAGAAGGAGGAGGAAGAGGGGGAGGGUGGAGCGGUCUCCCAGGGCAACGUGAAAGAGGCGUUGGAUGAGGAGGACAUGGAGAGAGGUCACAGUGGGGGUGACGCUCUCCGUAUCAGCGCCGUGCUGUCAGCGUUCCCUGCCGUGGAGGAAUACUCCUACGAUGGGACGGAGCAUCGCUGGUGCCGGGUGGUCUUCAAGCUCCCUGUCUUCCGUGAGCAUCUGGACGUCUCGUCUCUCGUCACGGCUUUGUCACGUCGCUCCGUCGUCCGCGAGGUUCCCGGCAUCGUCCGCGGCCUCCUCACCGAGGAGGCGGUGGAGGGGGUGGAGGCGGUGGUGGACGCCGCGGGUGGAGCGGGCGGGCCGAGGAGGCUGGUACUCCACACAGAGGGAGUCAACCUCGGAGUCAUCAUGCGGCACGCCCAGAUUCUGGACAUGAGCCGCCUGUACACUAACGAUGUUCACGCCAUGUGUGGAGUCUUUGGGGUGGAGGCUGCCCUCCGUGUCGUGGAGAAGGAGAUCCGUGGAGUGUUCGCUGUGUACGGUAUUCAGGUGGACCCACGUCACCUGUCGCUGGUAGCUGACUACAUGUUCUAUGAGGGCACGUACCUUGCCUUCAGCCGCCUGGCCAUGCGGUCCAGCAGCUCGCCGCUGCAGCAAAUGACGUACGAGACCAGUAUGGCCUUCCUCAAGACCGCCGCCAUGAUGGGGUCGUGGGAUGAGUUACGAUCUCCCUCGGCAAGUCUCGUGGUGGGUCAGCUGGUACGGGCUGGGACGGGUCUGUUUGAGUUGAAGCAGCCUUUAGCGUGAACUCGUCAGUCAAUCACUCAGUCAGUCAGUCAGUCACUCAGUCAGUCACUCAGUCAGACACUCAGUCAGUCAUUCACUCAGUCAGUCAGUCACUCAGUCAGUCAGUCACUCACUCAGUCACUCAGUCAGUCACUCAGUCAGUCACUCAGUCAGU